UGACCCCUCCGCCUUCCCGUAGUUGCCCGGUCCCCGCUAAGGCAGAGGUGCCAGCCGGACUAUGGUACCGCGGACCCUCUGGCUCCGGACUCUCCGUUCCGCCCGCCUUGUCGCAGGCGCAGCCGCGCCGCUUAGUCCUCGGAGCCCCCUCGGCCCGCGGGCGCCUCCUGCGGAGAGGCGGGGGCCGCGUGGUGCCUGGGUCGCCAUGGCAGCUCGAGAGCGUUCGCCUCCCCGCAGGGCGGGAGCCCAUGAGCUGGAGGCGGAGGCCCCGUGCGAAGCCGGAGAGAACGGGCAGCCUCUCUCGACAAGCAGCCAGCUCUUGCAGCAGACCGAUGGAAGGCAAAUUGUGGAGCGGAAGAAAAAGCAAAGAAAAAAACGAAAAGAGGAAUCCCGCCGUCUUGAUGAUUCUGUAUGUUGCUUGAUGAUGGAAAUGCCAUUUGCCAAAGCAGAUAUUGAAGAUGAAUUUAGCAAUAAAAGCGCAGCUAAACCAUAUGUUAAAAAGACGAGAAAGAGAACUACUGGGAGGGAAAGUGAGGAAGACAAUCUAAUAAAGAAGAAAAAGAAAAAUCAAGAUAAACCAAAUUACUUCAUCUCAGUUCCAAUCACAAAUCCAAAGAUCACAGACACUAUUCAGCUGCUCCAGGAUAAAAUAAUACAAAAGGAUAGCAGGCUUUCUAAAGCAAUGGUUCAUUGUGGUUCUUUGCAUAUCACCCUCUCUGUUCUACAUUUGGCCAGUGAAGAAGCAGUUGACAAUGCAGUUGGUGCUUUCAUGGCGAGUAAAGAUUUAAUUGAAGAACUACUGCAAGGAAAGCCAUUGGAUCUGUCUUUUCAAGGAACCGAUCACUUUAGACAUCAAGUUGGAUUUGUGAAGUUGACUGACAGUGAUCAUGCAACCACUCUUUUAAAGAUAGCAGAUAUUGUGAGGAAGAUAUUUAAAGAAAAGGGCAUCGUCACAGGAGAUGAUAAAGCUUUUAAGCCUCACUUGACCUUCAUGAAGCUGUCAAAAUCGCCAAAACUACGAAAACAGGGAGUGAAAAGAAUUGACCCAACCUUAUUUGAGAAUUUCAAAAACCAUCAUUUUGGAGAUGAAUCCAUGAAGCGUCUAGAUCUUUGCUCAAUGUUGAAAAAGAAGCAGCCUAAUGGCUACUAUCACUGUGAGUCCUCUAUCAUAGUAGGGAAGAGCCAGGAAUCAGAUGUAAUAAAGGAAGCCUUGCACAGAGAACUGUUGGCCCUGUUGUCCAAACUGAAUCAGAUAAAGGCGCUUUUGUCAAGUCCAGAGAUUCGUAUGAAAAUGCACAAGGAACUGCUUGGAAAAGGACUUGUCAGUGGCAGCAUCUGGGACAGUUUCACCAAUCCUGCACCUUCAGUCUCUUAACUAUAAAUUACUGUUUUGUGAAACCCUACAACUUCAUUUUUUAAAUGAAUGGUAUUUGUUUACCAAAUUUGUGUUGUUUUGUUUGAGAGGUGGGGCAGCAGUUUGUAUGAAGAGUAUAUGCUGCAGCAACACGUGUUUCUAGAAUACAUAUAUUUCAGUGUGAGAGAGAAAUUCUAAGUGAUCCUACGAUUUAUGUGAUCCCAAGAGGAGGGGGAAUCUAUUCUAAGCAUUGUUUUUCUUCAGUAACAGUGUACAUAAUUGACAUCCUAAUUUUUACAAUUUGUUCUAGCAUAUAUACAAGUGAAUGGAAAUCCAGCACAAUGUCCCAGCAUUGCUUGGGCAAUGUCAUGGUUUGUGACAUGUUUAGGCCCAUCCUUACCCACCUACUGCUGGCACAGCAAGUCAGUGGGUGAGUACAUAUGCAUAUGUGGCAACUUCUUUUACUAGCCAUGCUUCAGCAUUUUAGUACAAAUUUGGAAGUGCGGGAAGUAGUACCUGGAUUAUUACUUUUGCAGGAAAGAAACGAGAGAGGAGCAAAAAAGAAGGUCCCACAUGGAUUGAUUAUUAUAUCCCUUCUUUUCCUCUGAUUGAACUUAAGGUAGAUUACAACUAAAAUAGAAACAGCUAAAACAUUAUUAUUAUUAUUAUUAUUAUUAUUAUUAUUAUUAAUUUGUUAAUUUAGGUUGGUCUUGUGUGUUGGUUCUGCAUAGACAAUACUAUGCAAUUUGCAUCUAUCAGAUACCCGGAAUCAGCAUGUCAGAGGUCUAAAAGAAAGAAAAAAGGAUACAACCCAGCCAAAAUUAAGUACUUUAAUGUUGCCAUCACCAGUUAAAUAUGUUCUUCUGUAGAAAUGAGUAAGAUUCAAAAGUACUUAGCAUCUUAUUAUGCCACAUCUCCAUAUAAGUCUUUGGGUUUAAGCCCGUUAUUCCUUGUUCUUCAAUAGAUCAUUUCAAUAGCCAUAAAGUCACAUUUUAAACCAAACCAACAGAUUUUUAAAAAUGAUUUUAAAUUGUCUAAGGAAAUCAUUUUAUAUUAUACUGCCUUUUAUGUAUGUGUUCUGGCAAUUUGUUUUGGCAAUGUCUACUUUUUUAACAAGCCAGAAUUUGAAAUCAUAUGUAUAGAUAUUGAAAUAUAAUUUCUGCUGUUGUUUACAUGCAAAACAAGAUUGUUUAAACAGUCUCAAUAUUUAUUGUGAAGCAACAAAACAGAAUGAUCUUUUAUCUAAUCA